CCUAUGUGCUGUUAUGAACUCUAAAAAGAGACAAUGGAUUGGAGAGAACUGGCUGCUCAGAAGCUAAACCUCUCCAAACGGAAGAAGCCUCAGCCUCCUCCACCCCCAUCCCCGCCUGACCCUGAUGAACCAUUUUUCUACUCUGACGGCUUCAGCGCCGCCCUCCAGCUCUCUCCUCCACCUGCUCCACCGUACUUGCUCAGGGCCAGCUCAAAGAGCAAAGACACCCCCGGCAUGGGAAAGGUUAAGGUAAUGGUGCGCAUAUGCCCUGCCAAAGGAGCAUGGGACACUUCUGAGUCCAUGUCCUUCCUGAAGGUAGACACCCAUAAGAAGCAGCUGACCUUCACUGAGCCACCCAACAACACUCACUCCUCUGCAGCCCAGAGGCGCUUUGCGGCUGCCACCGCCCUGAAGAUGUUCAACUUCGAUACGGUCUUCACCCAGGAUGCCUCACAAGCAGAGGUGUGCUCGGGCACUGUGGCAGAGGUCAUUCAGUCCGUGGUGAACGGGGCAGAUGGCUGCAUCUUCUGUUUCGGACAUGCCAACCUUGGCAAGACCUAUACCAUGAUUGGCCAAGAUAGCGCCACCCAGAGUCUGGGAGUGGCACCCUGUGCAAUCUCUUGGCUCUUCAAACUCAUUGAAGAGAAGAAGGAGAAGGCUGGGGCGCGGUUCUCCGUCCGUGUGUCAGCCGUUGAGAUCAGCAGCAGGGAGGAAGUCUUGACAGAUCUUCUAGCUGACUUGUCUGCAGGCACCUCCCAAGACAGCCAAGGUGCUGGGGUCUACCUAAGAGAGGACCCUGUUUCUGGAUCUCAGCUCCAGAACCAGAGUGAGCUGCGUGCAUGUUCUGCAGAGCGGGCUGCUUUCUUCUUGGAUGCAGCCCUGGCAGCACGUAGCAUUAGCAGACCUAACUGUGCCGAAGAGCAGAGAUGCAACUCGCACAUGCUCUUCACCCUACACGUCACCCAGUACCGCACAGAGAAGAGUGCCAAGGGAGCAAUGUCAGGAGGGCGCAGCCGUCUGCAUCUUUUGGACCUGGGAAGCUGUGAAUCUGACCUCAGUCAAACAAGGGAUGGAGGAGGUGGCCAGUGUUUGUCGCUGGCUGCUCUGGGAAAUGUCAUCCUUGCUUUGGUUAAUGGUGCAAAGCAUGUUCCAUACAGGGACAGCAAGCUCACCAUGCUUCUGAGCGAGACCCUGGGUAACAUCAACUGCAGAACCACCAUGAUUGCCCACAUCUCUGAUUCCCCAGCCAAUUACGCUGAGUCGCUCUCCACGUUGCAGCUAGCCUCCCGCAUCCAUCGCAUGAGGAAGAAGAAGUCCAAGUAUGCAUCCAGUUCCUCAGGAGGGGAGAGCUCUUGUGAGGAAGGACAAAUCCGACAGCCAUCUCACUUGAAACCCUUCCACCCCAGGACAGUGGCCCUAGAUCCAGAUCACCCUGCUCUUCUGUCCAGUGACCCAGAUUACUCCUCUAGCAGUGAGCACUCCUGCGAUACAGUUAUCUACGUGGGACCAGGAGGGGCUCCAUUUUCCGACCGUGAACUCAGUGACAAUGAGGGCCCUCCAGCUUUUGUUCCCAUCAUUCCUUCACUGAACAAAAAGCGUGUGAAAGAGGCUUCCAAAUCAGACAGGGAUCACUUAAAAUGUAACACUUUUGCAGAGUUACAAGAGCGACUUGAGUGUAUUGAUGGAAGUGAGAGCACUUCUGCUUUUACAGGUGAGGUAAAAGGGUCUCAGACAGUCCCUAAGGCUCAGAGUGGAACUAUAAAAGUAACAGAAGCAACUGCUGUAUCUCCCAAGACAACUAAGCCUUCACUCCAGAAGCCUGCUCUCAUGGAACAUUCCAAAUUAACCUCAAAUGAAGCUGUAUUUGAUCUUAGAACUUCAGCACAAGACUCAGUUGUACGAGAGAAAGUCUGCCUCAACAAAGGACCUUUACCUAAACCCCAUGCUUCCCCCUCACUGCAUAGAACCUCAGAUUUGGCCAGUGAUAGUGGCUUAUCCACAAGAACGCCUCCAAUGGGUAUGAGCCAGCAAGCCCUAAGGCAUGGGGAACGCACUGGUUCUCCAGUGCUUGACUCGGCAAAUUAUAUGACUAGGAGUCCAAUGGAGGUGAGUCACCUCCGAGCAGCCCUAAGAAGCAGGUGUUUAGACAGAGAUGUUAUAAGGACUACCGUCACAUUACAGCAGCCCGUGGAGCUAAAUGGCGAAGAUGAGCUAGUGUUCACUGUGGUAGAGGAGCUGCCUACUGAUGUAGUUCCAGACAAUGGCCGACCUUCCAGCAUUAUUAGCUUUAACAGUGACUGCUCCUUGCAGGCUCUAGCCCCUGGCUCAAGGCCAGUCAGUAUAAUCAGCAGCAUCAAUGAUGAGUUUGACGCUUACUCAUCAGAAAUGGACCGUACACAGAUAAGCCAAACAACAUUAAAAAAUGACCUUUCUGCUGGGCACAGCACAGUGCAAUCUUCUAAAGAUGCCUGGGUGAACAAAACAACUGAUGGUAGCAUGAAUACUGAAGGAAAACAUUCCGCAAAAAGCCUUACAUUAAAAGGUGUAUGCAGAGGACCUGAUAAUAAAUUAACAAUGAAUUUACCUGUUUUACAUAUGGAUUCUUUCUCCCACCAAGGCACAAAAAGCUCCUUCAGUGACAGUGCAAUAUGUCUUUCAGAGGUGAACUAUGAAUCAAUAACCUCUGAGAAAAUGCCCAUGACUAAGCACCGUCCACCUCAUGACACUAUCAAACCAUCCCUCAGAGGUCCAAAGCCUCUGAAACCAAAUACCUUCAUCUCCUCACAAUCCAUCCAAAUGUCCAACACUGCUCAUUCUAGUCUCCCUAGGAAAAACAAACCUACCUCAUCUGUUGCCUCAAGCAGCAGCUGCAGUCGUGAGUUGCAGCAGCAAGGAAGCAGGACAGAUGAACAGUGGAUGCACAUCACUGGUCAGUUAGACUCAAGAAAUACAGAGAUCAUCUCUUUUGGCAAGCUAUCUAAAAGUGGAAUGAGUGGGCUUCCAUCUAGAAAGACAAGUGCAAAUAGUAACAGUGUACCACGAUCACCAAAAAUACCUGUAUCCUCCUCAUCUCAGAGAGUAGUGGAUGGCUAUGAGAAAUCCAGUGUAAAGAAAGGUGAGAGCCUGAGUAGAAUGCCACAGCUGAGACGAGGAGCCACAACACUUGGCAUGGUCUCAAUGCCUCAAAACUCUACAGAGUCUAAGUGGAGUCAUGACACCAUCCAAACAAGUGCCAGUUUGAAAUUCUCAUCAUUGGGAAAGAGAGCAAAUGGACAGAAGGGCAGCUUGCUCCCAAAGUCUGGAAGCAUGUCACCUCCUGCCCCACCCCUUCGAAAAUCUAGCCUUGACCAGAGAACACGUGUUUUGCUGUCUCCUGGUGCCUUAAAAUCACUGGGCAGUGAUGCAGCCAAAUCUUGUUCAUCAAAAGUAUCGGUCUCAGAGGAGGAAUUUGAUGUUCAGUUCAGAGGGGACUCUUUUAGUUACAAAUCUUCCAGCUUAAAGACAGCAUCUAGUAUUCAGGCACGAGGGUCCAAAGGAGAUACUGGAAGAUACUUUGGCAGUCUUUUGUCCCUUGAAAGAUGUGACAGCUUAACAUUACUCGGAUCCAAACAUGGAACAUUGAGAGAGAGCAGUAGUGCCAACUUGGGGAGCAAUGGUAAAUCCAAUAGGACAGGACCCAGACUUGGGGUUUCCAGCUCCACACCUGCAUCCAUCUCUCCUCCAUCAACCACUACUCUUGGAAUCAGUAAGCUGGGACAGAUCAAAGCUAGUAUAACUUCUAGAGCCAUUGCUAGCAAUGGAAACAAAACUAAGUCCUUGUCUACCAAUGGGUCUAAACCACUGAGUUCCACCAAAUCACUGUCCACUUCAACUGCACGGACCAGCCUACCUCCAAGUGGGAAAACCCCAACUCGUUCUGUUAUUGGCACCAACAGCAAGCCAGGCAGGGGGACCAUCAUGGGCACAAAACAAGCCGUUCGAGCAGCUAACAGUCGGGUCAGUGAACUGGUGUCAGGCAGCUCAAAGAAAAACAUCAAAGGGUCUGGUGAUCAGGCAAGCAGCUGUGGUGAUUUUGGCCCAACACCUGGUGAACCUUCACUGCCUGCACUGCUGCCCUCGCCCUACAGCAAGAUCACUGCCCCGCGCCGGCCCCAGCGCUACAGCAGUGGGCACGGCAGUGACAACAGCAGUGUUCUUAGUGGGGAGCUGCCCCCAGCCAUGGGCCGCACGGCACUCUUCUACCACAGCGGAGGCAGCAGUGGCUAUGAAAGCAUGAUAAGGGAUAGUGAAACCACAGGCAGUGCAUCAUCAGCCCAUGACUCCAUGAGCGAAAGUGGAGUGUCUACUGCCAGUCGAACCAAGGUCUCAAAGUCUCCCAAAAAGAGAGCCAAUGGCCUGCAGCGACGGCGGCUGAUCCCUGCUCCCCUGCCGGACACAUCCUCUCUGGGCAGGAAGGCAGGUGCUGCAGGCCAGUGGGUGGACCUGCCUCCACUCGGAGGCUCCUUGAAGGAAGCCUUUGAGAUUAAGGUGUACGAAAUAGACGAUGUGGAACGAAUUCAGAGAUGCAAGGAGGGCUCAGUCACGGAGGGAUUGCAGUACUUCAGUGCUCGCCUGCGCAUGCUAGAGAAGCGGCAUCAGAGGCUCCGGGAGCUGCGGGUCAAGCACGACAGGCUGAAGAGGGAGCUGGAGGACGCCAAGGCUCAGCUAAUGCUGGACCCUGAAAAGUGGGCUGGAGAAUUUGACGUGGACCCGGAUCUAGACCAGGACUCACAGGACUACCUGGAGGCCCUGGCUCAGGCCACCGGCGAACUGGAGCUCUGUGUCAACCUAUGCAAGUCUCGGGUUAUGAUGGAGACUUGCUUUGACAUCAUGGCACCAGCAUCCCCAGAGCAAGAGAUGGAGGUGUGAUAAAACAGCAGCAGAACAGCAGCUCCAUUCCAUUCUCGCUUGCUUCAGAGACCUUACUUCUGCUGUAGAAAGAGAAGGCCCAAGACAGGAUAUGACAUCUUAUUCAGUAUGCCAUACUGUGGAGAAGAUAUGUAGGUCUUUGGGGAGUCUGCACUAGCUCCUGCACUGGUCGAAACAGCAAAAUCUGAUCAAUAUACUGAAAACACACGACAAAGUUACUUAGAGUGCCAAGAGGUAGAUGAUGAGAGAUGAAGAGAGGAUGAGUGAAACACAGAAAACAACAUGAAAUAUGAAUUUAUGUUACCAGGAAGUGCCUUGAUCUGAGCAAAUUCAAGGAGUAUGUCUUUAUUCUGAUUGGUGCUAGUACUGACACCACCAUACCCAAGCAAACCCCUUAUUGUAUUCAUUUUGAGAAACAAUUUACAUAAAGUAUUUUGCAGUGUAAUUUAGUGUAUACUGUAUUUAAAAAAUGUUUUGGAUAUUAAAAUUUUCAGUGUGAGGGGAAAAAAAGCAAUAAUUGCCAUUCUUAAAUCACUUGCCUUUUAUUUCUAAAGACCUCCCGUGGAGCUGCUUACCUUUGUUACCUUUUACAUAUAAGGACCUUCUGCACUGGUAACUGAUCAGGCUCGUCUGAUACUCCUACCAGGCUUUGCAAAAGUUGUACUAGAUGAACACUAAACACUAAUCUCACAUGACACUGUUAGUGGCAUACCCAUGUGUUAGCAGGCUGCCUACAUACACCAUUCAAGCGAUUGUCCAGAUAUAACCAAUAUAUAACCAUAUUCGCAUGAGCUGAUAUGAGGUGGUUUCCUGCUUAAUUGUGUUUUCACGCAGUCUGAAAGAAUGAAUGCCUUAGGCUUCACCUGGAGGGUGUACACUGGAGGAUGAACAAGUCCACUCCUAAAUUGGUCCACUCCUACACUGGUUUAU